AUGUAUUCAUCAUCUAACUCAGAGGCCACCGAGCCUACAUCCACCCCUUCCCAAUUCUCCCAGCUCUUCAGCUGUCUCACCUCUACGAUGCCGUCCCCUACAGAACCCCCCAGACCCCGGGGAACCAAUGCCAUCAACAACAUCAGCGACACUAACAAGUACAAGGAUGCACCCAACCCCAGAAAUGAAGCCACACAGUUGGGAGUUGGAGUUUCAGGUCGAGGGGCACAUCCACUUCCGGUUGAGUUUCCGCCUUUAGCCGCAUUCAAACAUGCAGGAACACUCUCUACGACUUCUGGUGAGGCGUUGCCGGGUACCUUUAUGAUCACCGACGAACAUCGUAGAGAUGAUGAUGGUGAUGAUGAAGGAGAAGAAGAAGAAGACGAGAUCCUCUUCAUGCGGCCGACCCCUAACAGCAGCUACGCCUCCAGCUUGCGGGUGAGUACUAUUUCCCGAAGCAGAUAUAGUAGUAUGUUAGGGACCACAAAACGGGAUGGGAAAGACGAGAGUGACAGCGAAAGUGACAGUGACAGUGACAGUGAUGGAGGCGCUCCCCUCUUCACGCCGUCUAGAGAUAAAAGCUUCCAGAUCGGCAAUAGCAGCCGUGAAGAAAACCGAGCCAAAAGAUUCGAUACUUCAGAAGAUCUCGGUCGUCCAGCACAACUGGUUGACAGACACCGUCAACAACAGUUCCCGCACGGCCACCACUGGGCCAAUUCGAACACAAAAGCAGAUGCUGCUCAAAGCAUACACCACUAUCGACCCAAGACACUGCUUGCCUCAUUUCGUCCUGGGAUCCCAUCACCGCUAGAAAUCCGAACCGAACCUGAUCCUGAUGCCCAUCCCGCGUACUUUUCGACGCGCUUUAUAGUCAAGCGCGCUGUGGUACGGUUACAGGCACGACGACUCAACGGUCUCUCUUCUUUAGAUCAUUCGGGUCGGAUCGAAUCCUUGAUAGAUGGCAUUGGCCGGCAGCAGAUGAACGGCGUCGAGCAGCGGACGAACGGCAUCGAGCAGCAUCAUAUCAAAUCUUUCAACCCGCUCACCACCACCACCACCACCACCACCACCACCACCACUACCACUACUAGAGAAACCAAAACCAACUACUGCUCCAGACCACUUGCAGCUCAAGUCCCUAAACCGCCCACUGACACUAUCAUCACCGUGCCCCCCACCAAAACUCCCACAACAACCGAAACUUCCACCACCGAAAACCCCACCCCCUCCUCCUCCUUUUCGUCCGUCCAACUAGGUCCCUUCACCCUCUCCCCUUCCGACGUUGCUCUUCUCGCUUCGUCUGAAGCGUCCUUUGAACGUCUAACGACUCCCAAGUUCCAUCCUGCUUUUAGUGGUAGCGGCAGCAGCAGCAGCAGUUACUCCUAUCGAGUAUUUCACCUGGUUCAAGAUAGUGUAGGGACAUGGAUGGAUGGUUCACUUGAUGUUGGAGCUAAGCUUGGGCUGAAGAAGAAGAUGAUGAUGAUGAAGGAGGAGGAGGAGGGAGAAGAGGGUGAGGAAGAGAAGGAAGAGAAGGAGGGGGAAGAGGAAGAGGAAGAGGGAGAAGAAGAAGAAGAAGAAGAGGAGGAGGAGGAGGAGGGGGGAGAAGAGGGUGAGGAAGAGAAGGAAGAGAAGGAGGGGGAAGAGGAAGAGGAAGAGGGAGAAGAAGAAGAAGAAGAAGAGGAGGAGGAGGAGGAGGAGGAGGAGGAGGAGGAGGAGGAGGAGGAGGAGGAGGAGGAGGAGAAAGGGGUAGAGGAAGAGGAAGAGGAAGAGGAAGAGGAAGAGGAAGAGGAAGAGGAAGAGGAAGAGGAAGAGGAAGAGGAAGAGGAAGAGGAAGAGGAAGAGGAAGAGGAAGAGGAAGAGGAAGAGGAAGAGGAAGAGGAAGAGGAAGAGGAAGAGUGGGAGUGGGUGGAUCAUCCAAUGGAUGAGUAUUGUGUAGGGUGUGUAUGA